GUACGGUAACUUCUCUGUUUGCGGUAGUGACGGGGCGCAUAGCUGGUUGUGUGAUUAGCUGGCUGUCAGUUAUAUUUAGCUAUUAUUUGGUCUGUCCUGCAAUUCUGAACAAUUCUGCCGGUAUUCGGUCUAAAUGGACGGGGAUAUCAGUGCUACGGCUAUGGCCACCACACCACCUGACUCCGACCCAGCGCGGAAGCGCCGAGUGCACGGUAUGUUGAAGCUCUAUUAUGGAUUGAACGAGGAAGGAAACACCGUGGAUCAAGCAGAGUCCCUGAAUCCGUGCGAUAUAAACGGGACGCAUUUCGAUCCUGAGGUUUAUCUCAAUAAGGUAAACUCCCAUUUCUGUGUCUGGAUGCGACACAUAGCUAGUCACUGAACAUUAGACAAUAAAUUAAAUCAAGCAAAUUAUUAUUUUCUGUACAAGAGACAAUGCUAACUGCUUAUCUGGCAUUGGUGUCAGUCACCCGGGUAGUACAGUCGCUCAGUGAUGUCUGUUAGUUGUCUUGUCUUCAAAACUGACCUUUAUGUCAUAUUGGUGGCUGCAGCUUAGGAGAGAAUGUUCCCUUGGAGAGCUGAUGGACCAGGAGAGCUGCAUGGUGAAGCAGAUCCGCUCCUUGGACAGUGACAUGCAGACAUUGGUGUAUGAGAACUACAACAAGUUCAUCUCUGCCACAGGUAAACAAAUAGGUGACAGUGUAUGCAAUGCAUUGGAUAUCAUGUUAUUACAUUGGAUCAUGUUUGCAUCACUCACUAUUUAGUGCACAUACCAUGUAGUGAAUGAAUGAAUGCUCUCAUCUCCUCCCACUAGACACAAUCAGAAAAAUGAAGAACGAUUUUAAGAAGAUGGAGGACGAAAUGGACUGUCUCUCUACCAACAUGGCUGCUAUCACAGAGUUCAGUGCACACAUCAGUGGGACUCUUCAGGACCAGCAUGCACAGAUAACCAAACUGUCAGGUUGGUAAUGAAACCUGUGGUGACACGCCUCCACCGCCUGAAAUGAAAACUAGAUAACAAAUCGUAUUUGUUGGUCAUAUACCUAUCAUUGUCAGAUUACUCGUUCUAACUUUUCCUCUCUCCCUCCCCCACCCAGGAGUCCACACUCUUCUUAGAAAGCUGCAGUUCCUGUUUGAGCUGCCUGCCAGGCUGAAUAAGUGUCUGGAGCUGCAGGCCUAUGCCCAGGCAGUGAGCUCCCAUCGUCGUGCCCGCUGCGUGCUGCAGCAGUACAGCCACAUGCCCUCCUUCAGGGGUAUCCAGGAUGACUGUCAUGCCAUCAUGAACAAGCUGGCACAAGAGCUUAGGCAGAAGUUCAGGUAAGAGAGGUGGUCACUUGUGGAAAGAUUCUGCGUGCAAACUGAGAGAAUCUGUCGGGACUGAAUGGGAUGUGUAGGAUAACCAGCAGCAGUAGAUCCGGUGUUUGGUUUUUCCUCACUGGCUAUUUGGACAAAUCACGAUUUCACAGGUGUUAGCAUCUUUUGGAUUUCAGAAUGGGAGGGGACAUUCGGCCCGUAACUUGCAAAGAGAGAGGGUGGAGCUCAUCGUUCCGGUUCCGCUCCUUCUUCUAGCAUUUCUUGAUCUCUUCUCUUAACAUGUAUGGACCCAGAACUUAAUCGAGCAGCUGACCAAUUACCUGAGACUUGGGACUGGGUUAACCGAGAUUAGUAUGGUUGCAAAACAAUGGUCUUUUAAUUUUCAUUUCUAGUUCACAUUCUAUAGUAAUAAUCCAUUAUGCCUCUGCAUGGAUGCCUUACCUCUGCUUGGGGUUGAAUGUGUUUGCAGAGAUGGUGGUUCGAGUGCGAUGGACCUUUCAGAGUGUGUGGAGCUUCUGCUGCAGCUGGAUGAGCCAGCAGAGGAACUCUGUGACAAGUUCCUGAGUCACGCACAGUCACGACUGGAAGCAGACCUCCGACGACUGGAGGCGGAGCUAAGACCACCAUUGUCCUCUGGACCCACAUCAGUGAUAUAUCCUUCCACUGGCCCUGCCCGCAGACUGUCAGCUGCACCCACUGCUGGAUCUCCCACUGACCCCACCUCUCCAGGCAAUCCCUUCCUCUCUCCCAGCUCAAGGACUGAUAUUCUGGAAUUCAUAGACAGAGGUUGCAAUGAAUUCGUCAGCAGCCUUUGCUUGGUCAUUGCCUCGUACCAAGAGUUGUUUGUCAACCGUCCACAAGAGGGUAAUCUGGCCUCCAAAAACAUCCCCCAGAUGGCUGUUGGCAAGCUGCAUGCUUUCGUGGAUGCCCUGGCCACCCGCUACUUCUCACUGGUGGAGAGGAGGAUACAGGAGGAGAAGAGUGUUGGAGACAACUCUCUUCUGGUCCGGGCUCUGGACCGUUUCCACCGCAGGCUCCAGGCCGUGGCCAAACUGCUACCUGGGUCUGCUGUGCCCAGCCAGGGGACUGAGAUUGUGGUGUGGGCGGCCAGGGAGAGGAUCAAGCAGUACCUGGCAGCCCUGCAGAGCUUCUACCUGGACAGCCUGACAGACGUGAGGCAGGCCCUAGCAGCUCCUCGGCUGGGUGGAAGCUCAGCUGGAGGUGGGUCUCACCUAGCGGGACCAGCCACUGGGAAAGAUGCUCCCGCCAGCCUGCCAGAGCUCGUCUCCUCUCUGUCUGCCUCCAUUCUCAAUCAGAUCAAGUCAGUGCUGGCAUCAGUGCACCUCUUCACAGCAAAGGACAUCACCUUUUCCAAUAAGCCUUACUUCAAGGUGAGAUUAAUACUGAUGCUAUUGUGAGUUAGUUGAGUCCCUCAGUUUGUGAGGUGUUCUGACAUUAUGCCUUUGGUACAUAUUUUCUGAAUUUGGUAUGCUAUUUAUGUAAUUGACAACUCUCUUUCUCCUCUCUCUAUUUCAGGGGGAGUUUUGCAGCCAGGGUGUGCGUGAGAGCCUUGUGGUUAACUUCAUUAAGUUUGUGUGCCAGUCCUCACGUCAGUUCUGUGAGACUGCGGGAGACAGGGGUGGCUCUACACCCCCUGCCCUCCUACUGCUGCUGUCACGCCUCUGCCUGGACUAUGAAACCUCCACCAUCUCCUACAUCCUCACCCUCACAGACGAGCAAUUCCUCGUGCAGGUAAAUAUGCCAAUGAGACUCUGAAUACUCCUUGAAUGCAGUUGAUGGGAAUGUAAGAAAAUAUGUACAAAUAAUAGGUCCUCUUUAGUCAUGAGAAAUGUAUGUCACAUGCUACUACACAUGCUGUUAUAUCCUCUGGUUUCUCUGGUGUUCACAGCAUCACUCUCCUGUAACUGCAGUCGCAGCUUUAUGUGGAGAGGCCAGAGAGGCAGCACAGAAGCUACUGAACCAUUAUGUCAAGGUAAAGUGCCUUCAGAAAGUAUUCACACCCUUUGACUUUUUCCACAUAUUGUUUUGUUACAGCCUGAAUUUAAAAUGGAUUCAAUUGAUAUUUUUUUGUCACUGGCUUACACACAAUACCCUAUAAUGUCAACGUGGAAUUAUGUUGUUUGAAACUUUUACUAAUUAAUAAAAAAUGAAAAGCUGAAAUGUCUUGAGUCAAUAAGUAUUCAACCCCUUUGUUAUGGCAAGCCUAAAUAAGUUCAGGAGUAAACAUUUUCUUAACAAGUCACAUAAUAAGCUGCAUGGUGGUGGUGGCUGCAUCAUGUUAUGGGUAUGCUUGUAAUCGUUAAGGACUGGGUGGUUUUCAGGAUAAAAAAGAAAUGUAAUGGAGCUAAGCACAGACAAAAUCCUAGAGGAAAACCUGGUUCAGUCUGCUUUCCACCAGACACUGGGAGAUUAACUCACCUUUCAGCAAGACAAUAACCUAAAACACAAGGACAAAUCUACACUGGAGUUGCUUACCAAGAAGACAGUGAAUGUUCCUGAGUGGCCGAGUUACAGUUUUGACUUAAAUCUGCUUGAAAAUCUAUGCAAAGACUUUAAAAUGGCUGUCUAGCAAUGAUCAACAACCAAUUUGACAGAGCUUAAAGAAUUUUGAAAAUAAUAAUGGGCAAAUAGUGUACAAUCCAGGUGUGCAAAGCUCUUAAAGAGUUACCCAGAAAGACUCACAGCUGUAAUCGCUGCCAAAGGUGAUUCUAACAUGUAAUGACUUGGGUGUGAAUACUUAUGUAAAUUCGAUAUUUCUAUAUUUCAUUUUCAAUAAAUUUGCAAAAAUGUGUCAUCGUGGGGUAUUGUAUGUAGAUGAGUGAGAAUCUGUUUUUAAAUUCAGGCUGUAACACAACAAAAUGUGAAUACAUUCUGAAGGCACUGUACACAUUUUCCCACCUUACCAACAAAUUACUAUUGCUGCAAAUGGACAUUUCAGGCCUAUUCCUUCUAUUUCUCUGCUGACCCCUUCUUUCUUGUUGUGGACAGGUUCAGGGCCUGAUCAUAUCCCAGAUGCUGAGAAAGAGUGUGGAGACACGAGACUGGGUCAACACCAUCGAGCCACGGAACGUCCGUGCUGUGAUGAAGAGAGUGGUGGAGGACACCACCUCUAUUGAUGUGCAGGUAAUGUCCGUUAUCUAUAUAAAACCCUUUGGUUAUCAUGCUUUGUAAUGUGGGAAAACUGAAAUUACUGUAUAGUUGUGAGUGGACAAAAGCAUCAUCAGUGCUAGGAAUCUAAACCGCUUUACUCCCUCCCCUGAUCUGUCUCUCCUUGCCCCUACAGGUGGGUCUUCUCUAUGAGGAGGGAGUGAGGAAAGCCCACAGCAGUGACUCCAGCAAAAGGACCUUCUCUGUCUACAGCAGCUCAAGGCAGCAAACCCGCUACGCUCCCAGCUACACACCCAGGUACCAGAACUACAGUUGCCUAACCUUUUCAUAAUAACAUAAUAAAUGAACACAUAACUGCAUCACAAUGUGUGGAUGUUUAGCAGAGGCAGGAUCAGUCUAAUGCUAGUAUGAUGGCUAUCUUUCCUAAUGGAUUAUGAACGGUUUUGUCUCUCUGCAGUGCUCCUAUGGAUACCAGUCUCCUGAGUAAUAUACACAAGCUCUUCUCUGAGCGGAUCGACAUCUUCAGUCCUGUGGAGUUUAACAAGGUGGGUAGGGAGUGAUCACAGAGCUCUGGUAGCUUAGAGCCUAGAGCAGAGGUCUUCAACAGGUGGAUUGCGAGCAACAAGUAGCUCGCAGCCCUUCCAUGAGUAGCUCGCGAAGCAAUUCUAAAAGUACAGGUACUUUUUUUCAGGUGUUCCAUCUCAAACUGUCAUAAACAUAAAGCUCCCGGCUACUAUCCAAUCAAAGCAACAUUGACAUUAUCCCACCCCUGUUUAGCCACUAUUGGCUUAAAAAUCCAAACGUAACACAAUAUCUGCCAAUUAAUUUCCAGCAAUAUUACCUGUCUGUCUGUUUGGUGCGCACAUUUGUCUAUGCUCACUCCGUAAGUAGCCAGUUAGCAAUGCUAGUAAUGAUAAUGACCUUCUCAAUUAAAUGUUAACUGCAAAGUAGGCUUGCCUGACAAAGAUAUCAUUAUUAUUUUUAUCAAUUGGGUGGCCAUUGUUUUGCAAACUCGGCCAUGACAUGUUCCAGCAGUAGGCCUAACAGAAACACUGAGCAAUGAAAUGGGAAUUACACUCAAAUCAAACAUUGUUUUUUUUUCCCCCAGACCUCAAAAUUGGUUUUCUGAUGUGAUUGGAGCAUUAAUAUGGACUUAGAACAUUCAUUUUCGUUGUUUCUCUAUGAAAAAUUGUAAUAUUGAGUGUACCAAAACCAGGAAAAAUAAAACAGAGAAAACGGAAUUCCGGAGAAUACAAUAGAUAAUUAUAUAUGGCCCCUUAGAGUUGUUUAUUAACCAUUAUUUUACCAGGUAUAUUGACAGAAAACACAUCACUUGUACAACAAGGACCCGGGGAAGAGUUGCAGGGUAGAGAAGAAUGUGCCUAUUUGAAAGCUAUUAAAAAAAUGAGUAGCUGGCAACAUUUCAUUUUUUAAAAGUAGCUCUCAUUCUAGAAAAGGUUGGAGACCCCUUGCGUAGAGACUCUCUCUUACACCCCCCAUUUGACCGUCUUCAUCUCCUCUCUCAGGUCUCUGUGUUGACAGGGAUCAUAAAGAUCAGUCUGAAGACAUUCCUGGAGUGUGUCCGUCUGCGUACCUUUGGUCGUUAUGGCCUGCAGCAGAUCCAGGUAGACUGCCACUACCUGCAGAUGUACCUGUGGCGCUUCGUCUCUGAUGAAAAUCUGGUCCACUUCCUGCUGGACGAGAUAGUGGGCAGCACUGCCCACCGCUGCCUGGACCCCGCUCCCAUGGAGCAGAGCGUCAUUGAGGUCAUCUGUGAGAGAGGUUAA